GGGACGCGCCAAGAUGGCGCUGGCCUUAGCGGGUCCCCGCGGGCCGCUCUGGCGCCUCGGGACCGGCCCCGCCGCCGCCCUCAGCCUGUGCCGGGGGCUGCUGGAGCCGCAGCCCGCCCGGGGGGCACCGAGGUCCCUGUCCAUGAAAACCAGCUCCAGGGCCGUGCUGGCGGCGCUGGCGGCCGCAGCCAAGCGACUGAGCGGCCGCUACGAGCGGUUCCUGGCCCGGACCUGCCCCCGCUUCCACCUGCUGUACUCGGCCUUCAGCGGAGGGGUCCGGGAUUUCAUUCUGGAAGUCAAAGAGAUCCGCAAGAUCCGAUCGCACAUGUCCCGGCAGGGCCUGAGCGCCCGGCAGCUGCCCUACAGGGAGAUGGAGCGGCUGCGGCAGUUCCGCAGGGAUGUGCUCAAGGCCGUGCCCAUCGGGCUCAUCGCCAUCCCGCCCUUCGCCAACUUCUUGGUCAUCGUCCUGAUGUACUUCUUCCCCCGGCAGUUCCUCACCCGUCACUUCUGGACGGGGGAGCAGCGGGAGCGGUUCCUGGCGGCCGAUGCUGCCGCCCGCCGGGCGUCCUACGGGCACGUGCUGGGGGCUCUGGCAGCUGCCACACACUCCCUGCACGGGCACCAGCAGCAGCAGCGCCUGCAGGACCUCUGCCAGGAGGUGCAGAGGGGCCGGCAGCCCUGUGUGGCUGAGCUCUGUGCCCUCAGGAGUCUGUUCUCAGGCUCCCCACUGGGGCUCAACCAUCUGCGAGGGUCUCAUCUGAAGGCUCUCAGUCGCAUCCUCUUCCUCACCCCUCACUUACCAGGACUUUAA